UACUACUUUGGACCGGUUCAUGGACAGCAUUUGUGCGCAUUCACCCCGCUCCUUUCCUAUCAUGAACAUCAUUUGCACUUCUCACCAACUACAUUGUCGCCUUAUGUUUCGCAUUUUUCUUAAUAAUUUCCGUCACUGAGUAGUAAAAUUAGUUAACCCCUACUAUAAUUUUUAAUGUAAUUCUUUUUUCGUUUAUUGGCGUCGGCUAAACCUACCUCCGGUGUCUUUAGGGCUGGCUUUAAGAGGAACGUAAUGCCCAUAGCAGUAGAAAUCGAAGACGACGAAGACAACAAAGUUUUAAAAGAACAAGUCACGUAUCUAGAAGAGUACAAUUUGCACGGGUACUACAAGAGGAAUUUCAUUAAUUUGUUGAAUUCUUAUCGGACCAUCAACGAUAGUCAUACCGAGUUCAGCAUGGCGGAGAUCACGAUGCUGUCCAGCGACAGCGCCGAGUGUUCGACGUUCGACAGAGUUGUCGCGCAGUUAAAGUACUACAGAAAGAUGCAAGAAAUACAGUGCACCUGUUAUGUGCUGCUGAGGCGAAUGCUCUUUUAUGGCAGGUCGUUCCUGAACAGAAUCAAACUGUUCUACGAUUUCGGUCAUCCCAAAGCCAACAUGACGGCCGUCAAAAACUACGUGUAUCACAUGUUGGCCAUGCUGUUCGACGGCAAUUUCGUCAUUUAUAACUGGCUGUGGGAGUUGUACGUGAAACUGGUAGCGGUCGCCGAUUGGAAGGCCAACAGAAAGUUCAUAAGACCCGACCUGUUCGACGAAUCCGAACGUCGCCUGGACGGAUUAAUCGCGUCGUGCGAACACAACGAUUACUACCACUCGGACGGAAGACACCGCGACAUCGGCGACCCCAAGGCAGGAAACGCUUUCGAUUUUUUCAGCGACGCGGUCGAGCGGUACCGGUGCCGCUACGCGGCCAAGUACAAGUUCGUCAUAGACGACUACGGCGAUUUUUUCAUACCGCAAAACUUGUACCUGAAACGCGUGUGGGACUGGGACGACGCGGUGUUCGAGGACGUGCCGGGCGUGGUGAUCGAAUGGGCCAACACGAGAAGCGCCUUCGGAGCGGAACGGGAAAAAGUCGAACGCCUGCUCCGGACCGGAGAGUGGAUCGCCGGACCGUUCCGGCACAUCGAAUACCAUCGGAUGUUUUUGGCCGUCAUGAAAGUGAAGCUGUACGGUUACGUGUGGUUCCAUUUGUACGGCCUGCUGCGAGAGCACGGUUCGCGGCGGGACCGGGUCAGAUCUCUGCAUUCCGAGUUUAUGGAAUAUCUGUACGGGAUGAUGAUGAGUUUUCUCUAUUCGGACGAUGCUUUCACGGUAAGCGUUCUGAACCGACUGUGCGAGAUCGAAAACACCGGAGAUCCGACGACGAUCGAAGAAACCAUCGCUUCGCUGGACGACCAAGUGAACGCGAUCCUCAACGGAUACAAUGGCGGGCCGCCCGAACAAGGCGCUUGGGCUUACAUAAAUUACGAAGUGGAGUGGAACGACAAAAUCGGCUCGUCCGCUGGAAAAACCGACGAACCCGACUUGGUGAAAGCGAACACCUACAAUUUUUAUACUUAUUUCGUUAAGAUGAAGGAGGAGUUGUCUUAUUUGCAUUUGACCGUUCUGUCGUUCUUCAUCGAUGGCAGUAAAGACACAGACCACAUAUUUUUUCCGAACGCGCCUCCUCUCGAACUCUCUUAGACGCGCGAAAAUCACAAAGUCGUGAACAACUUUGAAAAAUAACUUUUGAAUUCGUUUAGUAAAAUAUUUGUACAAUGGAUUCCGAUUCGAUAAUUUAACUUGUACGUUGAAAAAAAAUGUUCGAAUGUACAAUAAACUAGAUACUAAAAUUGUUAGAGGCGUACACGAAUGACCAUUUAAAAAAAAACCGUUUCUUUUUAUUAUUGCAAAACUGAGUGAAAUACAAAAUAAAACCUCAAAGAUACCAUUAUUAAAUUGUUGUCUUUAAAAGACAAACGAAAAUAAAUGUAAAUUUAAACAAUUAUUUUAUUUUAUGUAAUUAAUUCGUUAAAUUAAAAAAUGAACUGUAUGUUUUUUUAGCGAUUCGAAAACGUAAUUUAUUAGAUUUUAUAAUAGAUAGUGGACGCGUAACACUCGGAGGUCAUCUCCAAAUGUUUUAUUUAAAUAAAAAAAA